GCAGUAGGGAGUUGUAGCGGCAAUGAAAGGACAGCGUGCCACUUCCAACUUCACCAAAACAUAAAUAAAGUCCACCUCAGCUAUUAUCUCCACUUGAAAAGGCUCGCGUAAUUUGGUUUCCAGAAGAGGCGUGCAGAAGGACGUUUGGAAAUGUCGCUGGUUUGUGCGAUUUCCAACGAGGUCCCGGAGCACCCGUGCGUGUCCCCGGUGUCCAACCAGGUGUUUGAGCGCCGGCUGAUAGAGAAGUACAUCGCCGAGAAUGGGACGGACCCGAUGAACGGCCAGCCGCUCUCCGAGGAGCAGCUCAUAGAUAUCAAAGUGUCCCAUCCUAUUCGGCCAAAGGCGCCCUCGGCAACAAGCAUCCCUGCCAUCCUCAAGUCCCUUCAAGAUGAGUGGGAUGCAGUCAUGCUUCACAGUUUCACUCUGAGGCAACAACUGCAGACCACCCGCCAGGAGCUCUCUCACGCUCUCUACCAACAUGAUGCCGCCUGCAGAGUCAUCGCUCGACUCACCAAAGAGGUCACCGCUGCCAGAGAGGCUCUUGCCACACUCAAGCCCCAAGCUGGAUUGGUUGCACCACAGGCAGUGCCCGCCUCUCAGCCAGCUGCAGUGGGUGCUGGUGGAGAGCCGAUGGAGAUCAGUGAACAGGUGGGAAUGACCCCUGAGAUCAUCCAGAAGCUCCAAGACAAAGCCACUGUCCUCACCACAGAGAGAAAGAAGAGAGGAAAGACUGUUCCAGAAGAGCUGGUUAGGGCUGAGGAUCUGAGCAAGUAUCGCCAAGUGGCCUCCCAUGCUGGCCUCCACAGUGCCAGCGUGCCUGGAAUCCUGUCUCUGGAUUUGUGUCCCUCAGACACCAACAAAGUGCUCACCGGUGGUGCGGAUAAGAAUGUGGUGGUGUUUGACAAGAAUGAGGAGCAGAUUGUGGCCACACUCAAGGGUCACACCAAGAAGGUCACCUCUGUCAUCUACCAUCCAUCCCAGUCUGUGGUUUUCUCUGCAUCUCCAGACAGCACCAUCCGUGUGUGGUCUGUCUCUGGAGGAAACUGUGUCCAGGUGAUUCGUGCUCACGAGGCGGGCGUCACCGGGCUCUCCCUUCAUGCCACUGGGGACUACCUGCUCAGCUCCUCCGAGGACCAGUAUUGGGCAUUUUCUGAUAUCCAGACUGGUAGAGUCCUCACCAAAGUCACUGAUGAGAGUGCUGGCUGUGCUCUCACCUGUGCUCAGUUCCAUCCUGAUGGUCUCAUUUUUGGCACUGGGACAGCAGACUCCCAAAUUAAGAUUUGGGAUCUGAAGGAGCGCACCAAUGUGGCCAACUUCCCCGGCCACUCUGGCCCUGUCACUUCCAUUGCUUUCUCUGAGAACGGAUACUACCUGGCCACAGGUGCUCAGGAUAGCUCUCUGAAGCUGUGGGAUCUGAGGAAACUAAAGAACUUCAAGACCAUCGCUCUGGACAACAACUAUGAGGUCAAGUCCCUCGUGUUUGACCAGAGCGGUACUUACCUGGCUGUGGGAGGAUCAGACAUCCGGGUCUACAUCUGCAAGCAGUGGUCUGAGGUCCUCAACUUCUCUGAGCACUCAGGUCUGGUGACUGGCGUGGCCUUCGGAGAGAACGCUCAGUUCCUGACCUCCACAGGAAUGGACAGGAGCCUCAAAUUCUACAGCUUGUAGACUGUAGAGGAGGAUUAGACGAGGACAGAGCUGACAGAGAGAGUUGGGUGGGAUUGGGAGAGACGGCGUUAACAUGCUUUUGAGCAGUCAUGAGCCUGGACUCAGAUUUAGCAUAGUGCUGUAAUUUAAAAAAACACAAAAAAGAAGAAAAAAAAAAACAAUCUCUUUUGGAUCUGCUUCUUUAGUGUCUUAGUCUUGAUGUCCAGGAAAGAGAUCUUACAAAGUGUCUGACCAAAUGGCCUGUGACUGCUGUUGGUUGAGAUUUUGGGUUUGAAAUCUAAAUGAUGUUUCUGUGAUACUGAAAUGACGCACAGAAGCCAGUGUAAUGUUCUGUUAUUUUUACUGUAUGGUUUUUUUUUUUUUUUUUCUUUUGGAGAGGAGGAGGGGAGGUCCAGGAUACUUAUGAUACAGCUCCAAAGUGUUCUAUACCGUUAAAAAAAAUGGUGUGUAACAACAAUCUGCUUUGCUUUUUAAUGUAGGCGACCAUGAAUAUGUGUAGGUUAUGAUGAAAACAUGUCUGUAGUGAUGUACAGUCAGACGCAGGAUGAACAGAUGUACGAGAUUCCCCACUUUCACUUCAUGUAAUCAGAAAAUAAUGCAGGCUUGUUUUACCUCCCCUCAAAUUCCCCCCUCAUUUCAUCUUUUGUGUACCCUAUCAUUUCCCCCAAUUGUAUAUUUCUUAAUGUUUCCUCUUUUACCUGUUGCAGCUCCUCCCUUUUACAACAAAAUAAACUAUCUUUUGUAAUGCCAUUAAA